GGACCCCGCGGAUCUCCUCACUGCUCACGUGGCCAAAACGCCCCCUCUCGUCUCACUUGGCACUCUGCGACACCAAAACUGGCCAAAGCUCCCGAGUCGGCGGCGUCGCUUCGUUGAUGGAUUGUUCCGCCCGAUUCCGCAUCCGAACCCCGUCGCCGGCCGCCUGCCACUUCGCCGGCGAGAGGAGGCGCCCGGCGGGCAGGAUAUCCAUCCGUCCUAUGGCGUCGGCUGCCCCGGUGGAGGAGCCCGCGGCGGCGGCGUCUGAGACGAAGCGGCGACCGACCGGCGACUCCUUCAUCCGCCACCACCUCCGGAGCCUGUCCCCGUAUCAGCCCAUAUUGCCCUUUGAGGUGCUGUCUUCUCGGCUCGGGCGUAGACCAGAGGACAUAAUCAAGUUGGAUGCAAAUGAGAAUCCAUAUGGUCCACCCCCCGAGGUGGCUACAGCAUUAGGUAAUUUAAAGUUCCCCUAUGUGUACCCUGAUCCUGAAAGCCGCCACUUGCGUGCUGCUCUUGCAGAAGAUUCUGGACUUGAAUCUGAGUACAUACUUGUUGGAUGCGGUGCAGAUGAGCUAAUUGAUUUAAUUAUGAGAUGCGUACUCGAACCAGGUGACAAAAUUGUAGAUUGCCCUCCAACAUUCACGAUGUAUGAGUUUGAUGCUUCUGUCAAUGGUGCACUUGUCAUCAAGGUUCCAAGACUUCCCGAUUUUUCCCUAGAUGUCGCACGUAUUGUUAAAGUGGUUGAACAGGAAAACCCAAAAUGCAUAUUUCUGACAUCUCCAAACAAUCCAGAUGGCAGUGUAAUCAACGAUGAGGAUCUUUUAAAGAUACUUGAUCUUCCAAUACUUGUAGUGCUGGAUGAGGCAUAUAUUGAGUUUUCAAGCCUUCAGUCAAGGAUGGCAUGGGUUAAGAAGCAUGAUAAUUUGAUUGUUCUCCGAACAUUUAGCAAACGAGCAGGUUUAGCUGGUCUUCGUGUGGGUUAUGGAGCAUUUCCUCUAAGCAUUAUUGAGUAUUUGUGGCGGGCCAAGCAGCCUUAUAAUGUUUCUGUGGCAGCAGAAGUUUCAGCAUGUGCUGCAUUGCAGAACCCAACCUAUUUGGAGAACGUGAAAAAUUUGCUGGUACAAGAGAGGGAGAGGCUGUAUAAUCUUCUCAAUGGAAUACCAUUCCUGAAACCAUUUCCCAGUCAUUCUAACUUCAUUCUCUGUGCGGUCACAUCAGGAAAGGAUGCAAAGAAAAUAAAGGAAGACCUUGCAAAGAUGGGAGUGAUGAUCCGCCACUAUGACAAGAAGGAAUUGAAGGGAUAUAUUCGUAUUUCAGUUGGGAAACCCGAGCACACUGAUGCACUAAUGAAAGGCCUGAAAGCGCUUCAAUUGUGAGCACUUGCACACCAUUAUAUCAAUGGAAGCAUUGGAGUACUUAAUGAGUACAUGUAUGCCUCAACAGAUGGUCACUGGAUGCAGUCUAUAAGAGGAGAUUGCAUCAUUCCAAUAUUUGUUAAGCCCAAACCACCAAGGGCCAAUUAGUUUUCAAUAGUACUUUUGUUUAACUAGUCUGAUUUCGUUUUUUUAUUCAGCAACUUACUUUUAACAAGAUUAUCGUUCAGAGGAAGGCUGUAGAAGCUGAAUUACUGGUGCGU